AUGAAGUUGUCUAUGUUAUUCUUGCAAAACAUCAUCUUGUUUUAUUUCUUAUUUAUCGUUUUCUUGUGUUACCAUUCUUCCAGUGAAUUGAUAACUAGCUUGGCAGGACAACCCAUAAAUGUUUCAUUUAGACAACAUUCUGUUUACAUAGUAACCGAUGCUCAACAAGGCCGAGCUUUGUUUUAUUAUUUCGUCAAAGCCAACUCAGUUGAUCCACUUUCACGUCCCCUCACCUUGUGGCUUAAUGGAGGUCCUGGUUGUUCUUCUCUUGGUUUCGGUGCGUUCAUGGAACAUGGUCCGUUUCAAUCAGACAAGAACGGAUUCCUAAUCAACAACAAAUAUUCAUGGAAUUUGGAAUCGAACAUGUUAUAUGUGGAAUCGCCAAUUGGUGUUGGAUAUUCGUACUCGAAUACAAGCUCAAAUUACAUACUUUGGAACGGUACUACAACCGCUGAAGACAAUGCAAAGUUUAUUGUAAAUUGGUUGGAAGAAUUUCCAGAAUUUAAAGAUUUAGAUUUGUAUUUGACUGGGGAGAGCUACGCAGGGCAUUACAUCCCACAGCUUACAGCAUUGUUGCUGGAGUAUAACAAGCAACCAAACAUCAAACCAAUCAACCUGAAAGCCAUUGCUCUUGGAAAUCCACUUCUAGACUUGGACAUAAGCGUUGACGCUGCUGAUUACUUAUGGUCUCCCGGAGCUAUAUCAGAUGCAACCUUAAAGCUGGAAAGGACGGUUUGUAAUGAUUCUAGGUUCCUUAGAGAGUAUGUUCAUGAGAUAUGGACUCAGGAAUGUAAUGAUGUUUUCAAUAUAGUUGGAAAUGAAAUUGGUGUUGAUAUUAUCUGCCCUACGCCAGCUUAUUUUGACCUUCUUACUGCUGCGCAUACAGGGGACCUUGAUCGUUUUAGGAAUGGAAGAGGAUCUCUUGCUUUUGCUGCUGCUGGAGGAAGAUUGGAUGUCUGUAGAUACUUGCUUAAAGAGUUGUCCGUUAAUAUUAAUGUGACAGAUCAUCAUGAUGUAGCUCCCUUAUCUUAUGCAGCUAUUAAUGGACAUCUAGAAAUUGUCAACUAUCUUCUUGAGGAGGGGGCUGAUGCUGAUGGUGGUAAAGUUUCAGCUAAAACCCCGUUGCAGUAUGCUUUGUUGGGAGCAAGUGAAGGCAAUUUAACGGUGUAUAUUCUCGCUCGAUGGUAG